AGCUGAUUGUGUUUCGUAACUCCAACCUAACUUUUUCCGUGUUUUUAGUAAAAUUCGAGCGCAUUUAGUUUAUAUAUUUAUUAUUUUAAUUAAUACUAACUAAAGAAAAAAUAAUAUGGAAGUUUCGAAGCUUCUCCAGGCUUUAAAGCUGUGUGUCCAGCCUGUGCGAACGUAUGGAAAGCAUAAUAAGAAGUAUGUCUACACUAAUGGAAUCAAAUACGAAGGAAUAUAUUAUUACCCACGAACCCAGGACCAUCAAGAUCCACCAAUAACACCAGCCAAGCUAUUUCGUGUUCAACGAAUAAAGCCUGUCAAAGGAAAUCCUUACUGGGAAAAACGAAUCUUGAAAGACCUGGGACUAGAUGGCAAACAAGGAAACUUCACCGUCGUCAAAAAUAUCCCCGAGAAUAAUGCUAGACUAUGGAAGAUCAAGCAUUUGAUUAAAGUCACUCCAAUUGUAUUUAAAUUCGGAGAGCCAACAGAGAAUGACAUCAAGCACACUAUACUAAAGGAGAACGGCGAAUGUAUUGUUACCAAAGAAAUUGGACAAUUGGAAGAACGUUUCGAUGCCACUGAAAAAUUCGAAUCUGAUCCUAAAAGACUAGACACCGAAUUAUUGAAAAGAGAUGCGCGUCUUAAAUGGUUAAAUAAUUGGUAGAAAUACAAAGAAUAAAACAAACUUUCUGAAAAGGUAAAAAAACAA